UUCUAUUUCAUCAUUUCAGCUAGCCACAGUCGAUACCUGACGUCACUGGUCAUCACCCAUCGGAUCUCGCACGGGUAUAAAAAAGAGGCCGAACCUGCUGCCCGUAAGUACUUACAACUUGUCUAGUUAGCCACCUGAGCCACUCAACCAGAAACGCCUCCAUCGGGUCCAAGCCUCCACAAACAACCAGCAAACUGACCAUUAAGUAAUAUGGGAUCCAACACAUCCACUCCCUCUGGAUUCGCAACAGCAGCCCAGGCCAAUACAAGGGCAGCAGACUCUCCGCCAUCGCCGUUUAUCUGCCACUCGCACAAUGGAUACAUCCCUUUCGGUGAAAGCUGGGAGAUAACCGACUCAUGCAACUUUUGCUGCCAGCAAUGCAUCAUCAGCGGCCGGAUCAUCGACGGCAAGCCCCGAGCCAGGGGCGCUUUCAGGACGCCAGGCUCCUUCUUCGGGCAGAACCCUGCGCUGGUGUUGACUUGCGGCAAAUGUAGCAGAACUGCCAGCCAAGCAUACGCCCUCGGCUGGAUGUUCUGCAUGGGCGACGAGGCCAGCUUCUGCCCUAGCUGCCUGCAGCAGAACGCCAGUCUCUUGCGGAACCACCGGCUCGGCCCGCGCCAUGUCAGCACCCAUAGCAGUAGCAGUCGCCAGCCGGCAUCGUGGGUUCUCUUCGCCCACCCGAAACCCGACAACGACGUGGCCCAGCAGCGCCAUGCCAUCCUGGCCGGACAGGCGCCUCCUCCGUCGGCGCGGCUGGGCCAAGACUUGGGUCUGGCGAGCCCCGAGCCUGUGUCGUGGGUGCGCAUGCCCGCCAACGCACCCUGGGGCGUCGUCCCCGGCGGGUCCGGGACCCGGAAUACCCUGUGCGACGCCUACGAUCUGCACAGAGGCGGGCCCACCAUCGGGCCCACCAACAGCCAGUGGUAUGCGUGUGCCCGGUGCAAGCCUGGCUGGGACGCGCUCGCGAGGGGCCAGUAGUUCGCAACGGAGGUGUAAACCGGUGAGGCUUGUAACUGUCGGGUUGCCUUUUGUGUAAUAUUCAUGGCUUUGGACAUUCGGGUGUCAAAGUAUCUACACGAGCUUGCGUCUGUGCUGAAUUUAAAGGGAUAGUAGCUUAUUAAGAUGGAGUUCAGUUGGGCAAGUAAGACGUGUGGCAGGUUGCACGGAUUUGAUGUUGUCUCUGAUGAUAAAGCCUAGAAUAGUUCAAACAGGCAAGAUCACUGAGACGCAACAGCUAUCCUGAACUGAGAGAACGCACCCCCCACGUCGAUGUGACCUCGACUCUCAUAUUAACUCUUAGUUGAUCUCCAUUGGAUAGACGCCAGCCGUAGCAGCCGUUGCACAGCAGAGGGUCCUGGUUGUUACUCGCCAUGUCGACUGUUGAGACGGGUAUCUGAGUCUGAGAGAGGACUUGAGUUAAUUAGCUGCUAUGGGCCCACGGGAUAAGAUGAAAAGACAGACAUGUUUCUUGG